UUACAGACUUUGGAGAACGAAAUACGUAAACUUUAUGAUGUAGAGUUUUCAGAUGCUUAUUCAAGUGAUAAAUCAUUAUCAGUAGACGACAAGGCGGCUAUAAAGAUUGUGGAAGUUGGCACGCGCUUCGACAACGGUCAUUUUGUAGUUUCUAUACCGUGGAAAAAGAAUCCAGAUAUGAAAGUGGAUAAUUAUGAAGUAGCAAACCGUAGAUUACAAAGUUUGAAGGGUAUGUUGUCGAAGGAUGUCAGUCUGCACAUCAAGUAUAUCAAAAGUACUGAAAGUGAUUUUACUAAGACUUAUGCGAAGAGGGUCUUUGAAAUAUAUCUGCAGUCUUAUCGCCCUCGAUGGUAUUUACCUCAUCAUGCAGUAUUAAACAUGAAAAACCAGAUCUUAGAGUGGUCCUUGAUUGUGCCGCCCAGUUUGCAGGGGUUCCCCCAAAUGAUAUGAUUUAUCAAGAACCCGAUACCACCGCUGAGUUAAGGUGUAUAUUAAUAAGUUUUCGCAAGGAGGCAGUUGCAAUCCCUGCAGAUGUUGAAGAAAUGUUCAUGUAAGUGAAGGUCCCUGAGUCUGAUCGAGGAGCUUCAAGAUUUCUGUGGUGGCAGGAGGGAGACAUGUCGAGGGAACCAUCCGAGUUUCAAAUGACAUCCCAUCCAUUUGAUGCCACAUCAUCGCCAUUUUGCGCGAACUUUGCCCUGAAUAAGACGGCCCAAAUAUUCUCUGACGGUUGUGAUGGUUAUGUUGUAGAUGAUGUCAAGAAUAAUUUCUAUGUUGAUGAUUGCUUGAUAUCCGUUCCCACUUGUGAUCAAACAAAGAGUUUCGUUAAGCAUAUAAGUGAAUUAUUAUGUAGAGGAAGUAUACAAAAAAUGACCGAUCUUGAAUCUUGGUUCAAAUGUCCUACUUUAUUGCAUGGCGAAUUUUAUAUAACAAUCACUGACUGUCCGGAACCUACUCUUGACGAUAUUGAGUUUAGAAAAACUGCUGUGGUUAACUUGAGUAGUAUAAAGUACAGCAAGACACCUGUUCUCUCUUAUUAUUCCGAGUGGUUGAAAUUGGUCAGAGUUGUAACCUGGUUUAGAAGGUUCAUCGAAUUCCUGAUGGUACUUCGUUUACCGAGUUGCGAAGGAUCCGUUCAUCUAGGAUGUUUAAAGGUCAAAGAGCUUGAGAUUGCCAAGCGUAAGAUUUUAUUGAUGGUUCAGAGAGAAGUGUAUGGAGAAUUACUUAGUGAAUUUAAAAACAGCAGUAAAGUAGUAAGCCAUGAUGAUCUGAAAGGUUUAUCGUUGAUAAUGCUUGAUGGGUUACUCUGCGUUGGAGGUCGACUAAGAUACUCAGAUUUCCCAAAUGCUUUUAAAUAUCCAGUAAUUUUACCCAGUCGACACUUAGUGAGGGAACUGAUGAUUAGACAUUGUCAUAAAGAACAAGGACACAGGAAGAUCAUUAGAAAAAGGGUAUGGAUAUGUGUUUACUUGUUUGCAAACAUGGGCAGUACAUAUUGAAAUGAUGUGUAGUUUGAUUACUGAUUCAUUUUUAAUGGCUCUAUUACGUUUUAUUGGAAGAAGAAGGAAACCUCUGGAGAUUUACAGUGACAGUGCGUCAAGCUUCGUGGUGACAGUUUCUGAGUUAAGCAGGUUUGUGCAGCAGUCGAAUCAGAAGAUGAACAUUGAAUUGUCAGCGAGGCCCUCAUCCAACAGCAUGGGUGGAGUUUGGGGAAGAGUGAUUAGGUCUAUAUCACGACUGUUAUUGUUGAUCACCAGAGAACAGGUGAAGCAGGUCUCCUUGAAGCUUUAGAUUAGUCUUUGUUGUUAUUAAUGUAGUUAGGUCGAGUAGGCGUACUGUUGUAAGUCCUACUCGUUCCUAUGGUGUGAUAUGUUAUAUAAUGAACCAUGACCAUAGGCAUCAAGGUAGCUUGUGUGGUAUGGAGGGAUUUUGGGGGCCGGUGUAAGAUCCAUUUCGAAGGUUUUGUGUGUUGGUGAAAAUCCCUCCAUGUAUAUACUUGUACUUUGUUCCUAUUGAUCCCCUUAGUUGUACAUUGUUGUAUUUUGAUUACAUUUGAAUUGUUAAUACUUGUAUUUUUUAUUAUAGUUUUUGUUUUCUUACGCAUUCACUAAGUUUGUGUUUCUUCCUGAACUGCAUCUGUGUUGUUUUACUUGACACUUGUUCUUGGCGGUAGCCAUAUUGAUUUGCUCCUCCUUUCCUGUGUGUGUUCUAUCCAGUCAGGAUAGAAUAACGUUCAUUUGUUUUGACUGGUAAUUUUCCCUCAUCUUCUAUCAACUUCUUUAUUUAUUGUAAUUUAGAUUUGAUUGAUUGAACAAUUAUUGGUUGAAUAGCCGGGUGGUAAUAUUUGUUUAGGUAACGAUUUACAUUUAAAUUUAUGAUGAAUUAUAGAACCGCUAUUUACCCGAUUACUUGUUUUGAUUUCGACGGGAAAGGGCGUGUGUCUAAAGUCCCCGGUCGGCUAUUCUUCAACAUCCAAACCGAAGUUUGGAUUUUACAGUUCUAAACAAUUAUUACUUGGCCGAAGUCCUUUGGUAAUCGUUCGCGGAUUUUCUGGAAAUAAUUGGUCGUUUCGUUUAUAAUGCCAGUUAAUCGUCGAAGGAGAUCAAGCUCAAAGUUCGUCGAUGUUAAUGAAGAAUCCCCUAUUGUCAAGCAAGUGCCUUUUGACGUCCUUAAGGGUCAUGAUUCAGACUCAAAUAGGGUUGAUUAUCAUGGUAGUGAUUCUAGUCUUAAUUCGAUGUCAGAUGACGUAAAAAAUCUUAGUUUAAAGGAGAAGCAAAGGCCUGAAUUACCAGGAAAGAGCAUGUUGCCUAUAGUUCAUGUUGUUUGCCCAGAACUACCAAAGGUUGAACUGAGUUAUUUCGAUGGAGAGCCAAGAGGAUACUGGAAGUUUAUAAGGCAAUUCGAGACGUAUGUAGCAUCAAGAGUCACGGAUGAUAACCAGCGCUUGCUCUAUUUGAUACACUAUUGUAAGGGCAAGGCUAAAACAGCUAUUGAAGGUUGUGUCAUGAUGGAGGCAUCCUCUGGCUAUAAAAGAGCAAGGGAGAUUUUAAAACGUUUUUUCGGACAGUCUCACGUAAUUGCUCGAGAAACACUAGAGGACUUAUUCAGUGCUGUGAAUUUUGAGUAUAUUGACGGGGACCAACUAUCAAACUUGGCUAUUAAAAUGGAAAACUGUGCUAUGGUCUUGGAACAGAUGAAUUAUACUUCUGAUCUAAAUUCCUUAGUUACUUUGGAAAGAAUAGUGAGACUCUUGCCUCAACCUAUGCAAGCCCAGUGGGCGGACUGGGUGGAUAAAUUGACUGAAGAUAACAGGGAACCGACCUUCGACGAGCUCACUCAGUUUAUCGCAUCGCGUGCGAGAGUGGCUUGUAGUAGAUUUGGACGGUUAGCAAACCGUUCAAGAAAAGGGCAUAACGUAAAGACGAACUGUCACGUGCAAUCAGAGCAAGGGAAUAGUUCGACAACGAAAACUAAAUGCAGUAUGUGUUACUACGACCAUGCCAUUGAUAAAUGUCCACAGUUCUUAGCGCUUACAGUUCAAGACCGAUGGUCUUACGCUAAAAGCAAGGGUAUCUGUUUCGUCUGUCUUAGACAAGGACAUAGAGUUAAGGAAUGUAAGCUGACGAAGCGUUGUAACGUUGAGGGUUGUGAAAAGAAACACCAUUCUCUGUUGCACAGCGAGAGUGAGAAACCUAGUAUCUCGAAUUGUUGCGGAUAUACUAAAUCACUAAUCAGUCAAGUGUGUUUAGGCAUGAUUCCCGUACGGUUGAAAUCGCGAAAGGCCGAGAUUGUGGGUUAUGCUCUGUUGGACAACGGUUCUGAUGUGACACUGAUAAAAUCAAACUGUUUGAGGUCUCUCGGGCUGAGCAAAGACGAAGCAUCAGUGGUAGUUGAGACUGUGGGCAGUAAUAGAACAAUGAAGGUCACGAGUGCGCCUUUUGAGGUAUAUUCUUUAGAUCGAUCUGAACAUGUUACGAUUGAAGGAGCUCUGAUUGUGGCAGGUAUACCAGGUCAUAAGCCAACAAAGUCAGCGAUGAACAACCUAGUUAAGUGGCCGCAUUUAAGUGAUGUGCCAAUAGAUAGCCUAGAUUCUGAAGAAGUUUUACUGUUGAUUGGUUGCGACGUACCAGAAGCACAUUGGGUGUUAGACCAACGGUUGGGUGGAAGGAAGAACCCGUACGCUGUGGAAACGUUGCUGGGGUGGACGGUUUUCGGACCUGCGUCGUAUUCGGAAUAUAGGAAAAGAGUUGUUAAUCAUACCAGUAAAUUACAGACUUUGGAGAACGAAAUACGUAAACUUUAUGAUGUAGAGUUUUCAGAUGCUUAUUCAAGUGAUAAAUCAUUAUCAGUAGACGACAAGGCGGCUAUAAAGAUUGUGGAAGUUGGCACGCGCUUCGACAACGGUCAUUUUGUAGUUUCUAUACCGUGGAAAAAGAAUCCAGAUAUGAAAGUGGAUAAUUAUGAAGUAGCAAACCGUAGAUUACAAAGUUUGAAGGGUAUGUUGUCGAAGGAUGUCAGUCUGCACAUCAAGUAUAUCAAAAGUACUGAAAGUGAUUUUACUAAGACUUAUGCGAAGAGGGUCUUUGAAAUAUAUCUGCAGUCUUAUCGCCCUCGAUGGUAUUUACCUCAUCAUGCAGUAUUAAACAUGAAAAAACCAGAUCUUAGAGUGGUCCUUGAUUGUGCCGCCCAGUUUGCAGGGGUUCCCCCAAAUGAUAUGAUUUAUCAAGAACCCGAUACCACCGCUGAGUUAAGGUGUAUAUUAAUAAGUUUUCGCAAGGAGGCAGUUGCAAUCCCUGCAGAUGUUGAAGAAAUGUUCAUGUAAGUGAAGGUCCCUGAGUCUGAUCGAGGAGCUUCAAGAUUUCUGUGGUGGCAGGAGGGAGACAUGUCGAGGGAACCAUCCGAGUUUCAAAUGACAUCCCAUCCAUUUGAUGCCACAUCAUCGCCAUUUUGCGCGAACUUUGCCCUGAAUAAGACGGCCCAAAUAUUCUCUGACGGUUGUGAUGGUUAUGUUGUAGAUGAUGUCAAGAAUAAUUUCUAUGUUGAUGAUUGCUUGAUAUCCGUUCCCACUUGUGAUCAAACAAAGAGUUUCGUUAAGCAUAUAAGUGAAUUAUUAUGUAGAGGAAGUAUACAAAAAAUGACCGAUCUUGAAUCUUGGUUCAAAUGUCCUACUUUAUUGCAUGGCGAAUUUUAUAUAACAAUCACUGACUGUCCGGAACCUACUCUUGACGAUAUUGAGUUUAGAAAAACUGCUGUGGUUAACUUGAGUAGUAUAAAGUACAGCAAGACACCUGUUCUCUCUUAUUAUUCCGAGUGGUUGAAAUUGGUCAGAGUUGUAACCUGGUUUAGAAGGUUCAUCGAAUUCCUGAUGGUACUUCGUUUACCGAGUUGCGAAGGAUCCGUUCAUCUAGGAUGUUUAAAGGUCAAAGAGCUUGAGAUUGCCAAGCGUAAGAUUUUAUUGAUGGUUCAGAGAGAAGUGUAUGGAGAAUUACUUAGUGAAUUUAAAAACAGCAGUAAAGUAGUAAGCCAUGAUGAUCUGAAAGGUUUAUCGUUGAUAAUGCUUGAUGGGUUACUCUGCGUUGGAGGUCGACUAAGAUACUCAGAUUUCCCAAAUGCUUUUAAAUAUCCAGUAAUUUUACCCAGUCGACACUUAGUGAGGGAACUGAUGAUUAGACAUUGUCAUAAAGAACAAGGACACAGGAAGAUCAUUAGAAAAAGGGUAUGGAUAUGUGUUUACUUGUUUGCAAACAUGGGCAGUACAUAUUGAAAUGAUGUGUAGUUUGAUUACUGAUUCAUUUUUAAUGGCUCCAUUACGUUUUAUUGGAAGAAGAAGGAAACCUCUGGAGAUUUACAGUGACAGUGCGUCAAGCUUCGUGGUGACAGUUUCUGAGUUAAGCAGGUUUGUGCAGCAGUCGAAUCAGAAGAUGAACAUUGAAUUGUCAGCGAGGCCCUCAUCCAACAGCAUGGGUGGAGUUUGGGGAAGAGUGAUUAGGUCUAUAUCACGACUGUUAUUGUUGAUCACCAGAGAACAGGUGAAGCAGGUCUCCUUGAAGCUUUAGAUUAGUCUUUGUUGUUAUUAAUGUAGUUAGGUCGAGUAGGCGUACUGUUGUAAGUCCUACUCGUUCCUAUGGUGUGAUAUGUUAUAUAAUGAACCAUGACCGUAGGCAUCAAGGUAGCUUGUGUGGUAUGGAGGGAUUUUGGGGGCCGGUGUAAGAUCCAUUUCGAAGGUUUUGUGUGUUGGUGAAAAUCCCUCCAUGUAUAUACUUGUACUUUGUUCCUAUUGAUCCCCUUAGUUGUACAUUGUUGUAUUUUGAUUACAUUUGAAUUGUUAAUACUUGUAUUUUUUAUUAUAGUUUUUGUUUUCUUACGCAUUCACUAAGUUUGUGUUUCUUCCUGAACUGCAUCUGUGUUGUUUUACUUGACACUUGUUCUUGGCGGUAGCCAUAUUGAUUUGCUCCUCCUUUCCUGUGUGUGUUCUAUCCAGUCAGGAUAGAAUAACGUUCAUUUGUUUUGACUGGUAAUUUUCCCUCAUCUUCUAUCAACUUCUUUAUUUAUUGUAAUUUAGAUUUGAUUGAUUGAACAAUUAUUGGUUGAAUAGCCGGGUGGUAAUAUUUGUUUAGGUAACGAUUUACAUUUAAAUUUAUGAUGAAUUAUAGAACCGCUAUUU